AUGGCGUCGCCGCCAAAUACCAUAUCCAUCCAUCCAACACAAGGUCCACUUGCAGCUGCCAUCGUCUUUCAGCCUUUCUUCUCCUAUUUGUCUCGAAUGUCAUUUCCAGCCUUCCUGAGCCCAGCCAUGUCGCCAUGGACCUUCUUGAUAUGCAGUCUCGCUGGCCUGUUGUUUCUAUGGCAGGCUGCCUGGCUCCUCGACCGGCUGUGGUGGCGGCCACGGCGGCUUGAGAGGGUGCUGCGUGCCCAGGGCCUCCGUGGCAGGCCAUACCGCUUCCUCAUUGGCAACCUGAUGGAUGACUACGGGCGAAAAAACAAGGAGCCACCAAUGCCGCUGCGCUGCCACGACAUCGUCCCCAACGUCGUGCCUUUCCUCCACAACGCCGUCCGGGAGCACGGCAAGACGUGCAUCUCCUGGUUCGGCCCGAUACCCAAGGUGACCAUCACUGACGCUGAGCUGACCAGGCAAGUGAUGUCCAGCAAGUCCGGUCACUUUGAGAAGCUCCAGUUUCCGAAGCUGUCCAGGCUACUCGCCGAGGGCGUAGCGACCUACGAGGGUGAGAAAUGGGUCAAGCACCGGAGGAUUCUCAACCCUGCAUUCCAUCUCGAGAAGCUCAAACUCAUGUUGCCGGCGUUUGCUUCCUGUUGUGAAGAGCUUGUCACCAGAUGGACAGAGUCCUUUGGUUCGGAGGGUUGCUGCGAGGUUGAUGUCUGCCCCGAGUUCCAUAGCCUCGCUGGAGAUGCCAUUUCACGCACCGCAUUUGGCAGCAGCUACCUUGAAGGAAAAAGGAUUUUCGACCUGCAGUCUGAGCAAGCUGACCGCAUAUUGGCCAGCAUUAAGAUGAUCUUCAUUCCCGGCUACUUGUCCUUGCCUACCAAAAACAACCGAAGAAUGCAUCAAAUUAACAGUGAGAUUGAAACCAUUCUACAAGGUCUAAUUGGGAAAAGAAUGCAAGCUAUGCGACAAGGAGAACGCACCAAAGAUGAUUUGCUCAGCUUAAUGCUUGAGUCAAACAUGAGGGAAACCGAUGGCAACGGAGGAAUGACUAUCAAAGAGGUGAUAGAGGAAUGCAAAAUGUUCUAUUUUGCAGGGACAGAGACGACAUCGAUACUGCUCACAUGGACAGUGAUACUGCUGAGUAUGCACCCUGAGUGGCAGGAUCGUGCAAGGGAGGAGGUCCUUGGCCUAUUUGGGAAGAACCAACCUGAGUACGACAGUUUUAGCAGGCUCAAAACAGUCACUAUGAUUCUAUAUGAGGUCCUUCGGCUGUACCCGCCAGCCAUUGCAUUAAUCCGGAAAACAUACAAGGAGAUGGAAAUCGGAGGCAUCACAUACCCUGCUGGAGUGGUCAUCGAGAUGCCAGUGCUGCUCAUUCACCAUGACCCGGGCAUAUGGGGAACCGAUGUGCAUGAGUUCAGGCCGGAGAGGUUUGCUGAGGGAAUCUCCAAGGCAUCCAGUGAUCCAAGUGCAUUCCUCCCAUUUGGUUGGGGGCCACGGAUCUGCAUCGGUCAGAAUUUUGCGCUUCUUGAGGCUAAGAUGGCAGUGUGCAUGAUCCUUCAACACUUUGAGUUUGAGCUUGCGCCAACAUAUACUCAUGCACCGCAUAAUGGAAAAAUGUUGCGUCCUAUGCAUGGUGCACCGAUUAAGCUCAAGGCACUAGUCUAA